AUGCAAGUCCCGAGGUCCUUCAAAUACAGCUCCUCUCCGCCCAUGGCCGACGCCCUGCACGAGAGACCUGCUCGACGAUCGCCCACGCGCAAACCCAAACCCGACGUCAACGUUACCUCGAGACCUGUGUCGCCUGCACGAACGGAAUCAGAACCUGUGGCUAUCCCUUCGCCAAAGUCUACAAAUGCUCCGGCAUUCGAACCCUCGCCUGCAGAUCAGAGUCACGAGAUGCCGAAUUACAGGAGCCAAACCUUGCCUAUCGGUCGCAGGAAGCCAUCAUCAGCACACGACCCAAAUGCGCUUCCACCGGCGGUAGCCGCACUGUUGGCAGUGACUGCCAUCCCACCGCGAAAACCGAACCGCUAUCGCAGGAGACCUGGCAGCGACCGGCGCAUUUCUAUUGAGGAGUUGAUUCAAGAGUGGAAGAGCGAUUCAUCGCUCAAAUCGACCAGCUAUGGCAGUCCAGCGUUGAAUGUACUGCUUGAGGACACAGAUUGUGAGGAUGAGGAUAGCGAGAGGAGGGACAGCGGGCCAGAUCCAGCGUUCUUGAACGCGAGGUCGGCUUCAAGCGAGUCGAUGCCGUCGCUGGAGGCAGACGAUCGAUCCGUGCUUUCAGUGGGUAGCCCUUCCACGCCUGGUUCAUUGCGAAGUCGCAAGUCUUACCAGAACCUGAAGUCAAGGCCGCGCUCGCUGCCAACAGUCGAAGACUGUGCAUUUGACCAUCCGCUCGUGCCUCGGUCAGUACCCGAGGAUGACGACUUUCUGCUGCCUGUACAGAAACAGUCUGUUUCUGCAGCAAAGCCCAGAUCUUCGUUCAAAUCCAACCUUACCGCAUCGCUGCAGUCUUUGAAGAAAGCUGCUGUCGAAUCAAUAUCCUCCAUCGGCCGCGCGAGUUCAUCACCCGCGCUUUCCAGACAUGCGACCCCACCUAUCGACGACAUGCUCUGGUCGCAUCCAUUCCUAUUCCCUAGAUUCAGCUCAGAGAUCCGGCCAACAGUCGAUGGAACACCCUCAGAAGCGGAAAGGCGAUAUCUUAACCCAAUCCCGCUCACAUUCGAAGAGCAAGAAGCGCCCUUCCAGCAAGCUCUCCACGCCCCAUUCCUGGCCGAAGCCAUCGAAGACGCACCCACCAUCCAAUUGCAGACCUACAACCGCGGUCGCAGGCGAGGCAGUCCUAAGCGCGCUCCCAAUCCCAACUCAGAAGCCGGUAGAGCCCUUCUCGGCGCCACGGGUGUUAGGCAGCGCGAGGUGCGCGAGAAUCCGGAUUUCCUGCGCAUUGUGGUUAUGGAGAUGAAUAUGCGGCGGGAGGGGAAAUUGGAGCAGGGCAGGGCGAAGAUUUGGUUGCCUCCGCGGGAGGCCAGUCCGGCGCCGGAGACGACAGAACGGGUGCCGAGGCGGUGGGUGGGCGUGAGUGCGUAUUGA